AACAGCAGCCGUUAGCCGUUAGCCUCGGUUGAAACCGUUUCUCACGUGGAUCGUUUCCGGGGAGUAGUGUACUGGGUAGCCAUGGUAGUAGUGUUCUUGAACACAUCCUCUGUUCAGUCCCGGGUAAUAUUUCUAUCGAUACAACAUCGCGAGUUAUUUAACUGUUAAUGCAUUUUAAUAAUUAACACAUUUUAUUACGCGUGUGUUAUUUGAACUCCGUAAAAAUAGUGAUUUUGACCAGUGUUGUUAAACUCAUAACUACUCCAGCAGCCGUUCAGAGCUCCAGUCUGAAUCACGAGCAGAGUAGCAGAUACAGGAGGGAUGUCGCGCGGUGAGCUGGAACAGCUGGACCCGGCGGUAUUCCAGAAGCAGUUGCACAAUCUGAAAUUUAGCAUGGAUGAAGAAGAUGAUAGUACAAUGUGUAUUGACACUGACUCGGACGCAGCAGAUAAGAACGAUGGUACCAAGUCAGUCAAAUGGACUCAAGAAGAGGAUGAAAAUCUCAAAAUCCUGAUCAGCAACUUUGGGAAAAAAGAUUGGAAAACCAUAGCCAGUUUUUUUCCGGGGCGGACAGAAUUCCAGUGUAUGCACCGCUGGAGAAAGUACCUGAAUCCUGAUUUAGUCAAGGGCUUCUGGUCCAAAGAGGAAGACGAUAAGAUAGUAGAGCUGGUGGACAAGUACGGCUUCAAACACUGGUCGUUGAUUGCCAGGCACCUGAAAGGACGGGUGGGGAAACAGUGUCGUGAACGCUGGCACAGGCACCUCGACCCACUGCUCAAAAAGAGCUCCUGGACCAACGAAGAAAACCUCAUCAUCUACAAAGCCCACUCACUUCUGGGAAACCGGUGGGCUGAGAUUGCCAUGCUGCUCCCUGGAAGGACUGACAUUGCUGUGAAAAAUCACUGGAACUCAACCAUCAAACCAGAGUUGGACUUGUACAAAGACGACGCUGACAUUAUUUCCCUUGAUAUUCAACAGUUUGAAGGAGAGGUGGACUUCAAGUGUGAUGUUGUAUUAGACACUGAACCAGUAAUUCCUAAAGUGGUCAGGCCAGUGAAGGAAAAGAAGGCGGCAUGUCAGAAAGUCAAGCAGAAGACGGUCGCUCUGCUUCCACAGACUUUAGCGUCCAUGAGUCCCUCCUUGCCCCACAGUUUGAGUUCCAGUCCCAGCUCCAGCUCAGGCGCUGCACCAGCAGCUGCACCGGUGGACCCGAAGAAGUUUACCAACGCGGCACUGAGGAUGAUCUCUGAAGACAUGCUGCCACUCAGUUUUGUUGAAGGCGCAGGCUUCCGGUCAUUCAUGAGUACCAUCAGUCCUGAAUGCAGCAAGCUAUCCCAGCGGGUCAUGGGCCUACAGCUCUAUGAUGAAGUGGAGAGAACCAUCAAGCCUCAGCUCAUCCGGGACCUUAAAGCCUGCCUUGCCAAAACCAAAGAUGGCGAGAGUGCAAUUCAUGUCACGUUUGACCUCUGGGCAGGGAAUCAAUCCCACCCAGCGGAGGAGCCCAUUGUCGUUGUGCAGCUCCACUUCGUCAGUGAUUCCUGGCAGAUACGCCGUCCCAUUGUAGCCUUCCGCCACCUCAGCCACAAAAACCUCAGCACGGCUGUGGCCAGGGAGCUUGAAGGUGUGCUAUUGAGCUACGGCCUCUUUCCUCCCAGCAUCGGCUACGUGCUCGCAAACCAAGCCAAAGAAGCCCUGUCUGGGAACAACUUGUUCUGCGACUACAAGAUCAUGUGCUCAUCCAACCGGGGAGAACCCGAUGGAGAAGAGAUGGUGGCAUUUCUGUCAGACCAGAUGUCUGAAACAGAGUCCCCCUUUUCAGAGCUACAGAUUGGGACUAGAACCACCUGUGUGGCUCACACAUUGCAGCUUGUGAUUAAGGAGGCACUGAAGAACUCCAGGGUGGUGGAAAACCUGCUCUCGCAGGUCCACAACGUGGUGGCUUUCUUUAGGAGCAGCGCCUACUGGAGCGAGGUCCUGUUGAAGGAGUGCAACGUUUCCCUGUGCCCUUCCUCCAGUAGCUGUCGCUGGAACUCCAUGAUGCUGUCUUUACGCCGCAUGGUGCAGGAGUCGGCCUGGACCGCCAUCAUGGCUCUCCUGGCCCAGGCCCGCAUAGAGGCUAACGACACAGCCAGCGCCCCGCCUCUGGUCAUGGCCAAGAGGGAGCAAGUGAUUGACAUCCUGGGUCUCCUUGAGCCCUUUGAGGAGGCCUUGCAGGUCCUGCAAGGAAAUGGAGUGACCAUCUCUUUCAUCACGCCAUCCCUGAUUGGCCUUGAUAAGACAUUGGAGAGCCUGGUCACCAACUACUCCCACUUCAACAAGGCCCUGCGCACAGGCAUCCACACACACUUCCAGUCCCUGAUUCACCAGAAGGACAUGAUAUUAGCUGCUGUGCUCGACCCCAGGAUCAAACUGCAGCCGUUUUCUGAUGCCAAACUGGAGGACCAGACAGGUUUCCUAACACCCCCGUCAAAGUAUCAGGCUCGCACCAUCGUGGAAGCCACACUAGGAAGCAUGGGGGCCUCAGCAGCUCCCUCUGUAGAGGCAGAUAACGACCAGACAAGCAAGGAGAAAAAGGAGCAAGGUGGUAAAGAGGCGAGUCGAGACAACGCACCGAUGGAGGCAUCUGGUGGCAGCUCAGAUGACGGCAACUGCAACGGAGUCGGCGAGAACGAUCUCAAGCGCAAGUCCAUCUUCAACUUCCUCCAGCCUCCGGCAAAGACCAUGAAGACAGCAGAGUUCAAUAUGUACCUCUCCGAACCACUGUGGGAAAGCAACAGCAGCGUGUUGUACUGGAAAUCUGCAGCUCGGUUCCCCCUGCUCCAGGGCGUUGUCAAGAAGCUGCUGGCAGCACCGGCCACCUCAGGGGGCUUCGACCGGCUGUGUCCGAUGGCAGCGUGUAUUGUAAAGGCCAAGAGGAACCGCCUGCCUCCUCACACCACAGAGAGACUGCUUCUGUACAAAAACUCUUUAAAGACAAAGACUGUGAAAAAGCCCAGUGGGGUCGCCAAACACUGAUUGGUUAAGUGACAAUUGGGGCCCACACAUUUGCUUCUCCAUACAACAUGCUAUGCUUCCACACCCAACUGUCACCAUCCCUCUAAAUUAAAUUCCUUUGAAUGGUGAAUUUAAAUAACUGAAUUAUUUUUGCAGUAGUAGUCAACAGCAGCAUAAUAUAUUAAAAGUAUAUUGAAAAUAAGGGCAAUCCACUCAGAAAUAUCUCUUUAGUUGAAAUAGCAAGAUUUAGCACGAUGGCAGCCAGCAGGCUACAGUCACAGCGCACAAACGGUUGUCAUUUCUCUGUGGACUGAGAGUGAAAGGCAGCUUCUCUUUGUCCUUCACACAAGGUAGCUCAACUGCAUUCCAAAAACAAUGUAGAAUAAACGUGUGUUAUAUGAGAGUACAAUUUAACACUUUAAAAAUGUAAUCCAGUGUGAAUUAAGAGGCCUUGAGAGCAUGCAUUCUCUGAAGGCCUUGUGCUGCUGCUAACUUGUUACAGACAGGAGAAAAUUAAGCAUCUGUGGUCAAACAUUAUCUGACUUUGUGACUCCUACUGGUAGUGGUACAAAAGACUCUGGCAGACAGCAAUGCUCCUUAUGCCACUGAAAUAAUUUGAAAGAUGCUUAAAUCUGCAAUAUGAGUGCUGCACAUCACAGCUUUAACACAGCUUGUGUCUGUGCAGACAUUGAAUAUUUGUUGCUGUACUCUUUGGCAGUUAAAUCACAGCACAAGUGCAUGAAUUGUCUAUUCAGUAUCUAAAUCAAAACGUUUAAGUGAUAUUUUCUCGUAAAAAAAUGUAGGAGUGCCAGAAAAUGCGCUGUACAUUUUUAUGUUUUUCUUCCUUUUUAAUUUAUUUGUUUUGUAUGGUGUACAGCAGAUAGACUGUGUAUCGGCUCACUUGGUGUAAAUUGAAUGAGAGACUGUCCCUUUCCGCUUUAAAAUCCAUGUUUAUUUUCUUAGUCUUUGACAAUUUUUCUUAUUUUUGUAAGGUGCUACAAUAAGCAGUGUUCUCAAGAGUCUUGAUGUUCAGCUGUUUUUGCUCCUAAAUGAUUUGUAAUGUCCCGAUGGGAAAGGUCAGUCUGUUUCUUACGUUGGCAGGUAGACUUUUACACAAACUAAAGUUCACAUUGAAUGACUAACUGAUUUUAAUGCAGUGAUGAUUGUUCGUUAUUGUGGGAAACAGUAGUGUGAACUUGAGCCCUUUGACCUCUCCACAUGGGAAUAUCCAGGGAAUGAAUUUGUAUUAAAGAAUAAAGCUAUUUCCUGUACGCCACGAUUUUCACGUCCAUUUCUGUGUUUUCUAAGAGCACUAUCUGGGUUAUAAUAUAACUAAUACUACAAUCAGCUGGG